GUUGCACUGGUUUGCGGAGCUUGUCCAACCCUCCCUGUCCUGGGGGACGCACGAAGUGGAGCGGCUGCACUUGGUGUGCGUUUUUGUUAAAACCCUGAUACCUUCACUGUGAAGGCUGGGCGCCGGGAAAGAGGAUCUGGCCCCUCUUUGUGGUGGAGAGAAGAGGCUCAACCCCCCCCUCCUCCCCUCAACCUCCCCCCCUACACACACACAUAUGGCUCCUCUGUAGGACAGUUUCCAUUUUUCAUUCGGGAUCGUGGAAGGGACGCCAAAAAAGACAAAAAGUCACCUGAAGUCGCGCUCACUUUGUGGGACCCCGAACAUGGAGAUGCAACGGUGGUCCACAAGGUGGAAAACGAAACGUUGGCUCAUGGAUUCCACUAGAACUGCAUUCAUCACUUUAACACUGCUUCUGCAGGCUGCUUGUGUCAGAGCAGCAGAGCCAGUGGACGUCUUAAAAGCGUUAGGAUUUCAAAAUUACCCCGAAGGAGUGACAAAAGUAACAGGAUUUUGUGCAAACCGAAGAGCAUCGAAGUCAGACUCAGCCUACAGAAUCGCCAGGCAGAUCCAGAUCAGCGCCCCCACCUCACAGUUAUUCCCUGGUGGCGUUUUUCCUGAGGAUUUCUCCAUCCUGACCACCCUGCGCCCCGAGUCUGGCCUCCAGUCCUUCUUGCUGUCCAUUUACAAUGAGCAAGGAGUUCAGCAGCUGGGUGUAGAGGUAGGACGCUCACCUGCUUUCCUGUAUGAGGAUCAAACCGGCAAGCCAGCCCCGGAGGACUACCCUCUGUUCACCUCUCUCAACCUUUCUAAUGGAAAGUGGCGUCGGGUAGCCAUCAGUGUUGAGAAGAAGACGGUCACCAUCAUUGUGGAUUGUAUGAGGAAGAUCACCAAGCCUCUGCUCAGGAGUAACCAAGGCUCCAUCAGCACCAGCGGCAUUACAGUGUUUGGCACCAGGAUCCUGGAUGAGGAUGUUUUCCAGGGGGACAUCCAGCAGCUCCUGAUUGUUGCUGAUCCCAAAGCAGCGUAUGACUACUGUGACCAUUACAGCCCAGACUGUGACACACCACACAGGGAUUCGCUUCAGGCCCAGGCGCCGGACGAAGAGUACAUUACUGACGAUAUAGAUUACAGACAGUUCUAUGAAUACUCUGAAGGACCAACAGUCUCCGUCCCCACUGACGAAUACUCUGAAAAACAGCUAAACAAUGUAGAGGGAGAUUACUAUACAGACAAUGACUACGGGACUCUAGAUGGUACUCAGACUCAGUCGCCUCUUGCCACGAGCGGACCAAGUGAGGCUGUAAAGGAGGAUUUUAUCGGGGCGCACGUCACCGAAGCCCCUACUCUGGAGCCCGGCACCGUGUUGGAAACAGGGGACAACUCGGAGACCGGUGCGGAAGCAUAUGACUUUAAGGAGUAUGACCUGAACGAGUAUGACUUGGGCAAGUUAGACAACAAGUAUGACUAUGGGACAUACGACGAGUACGGCCCCCUCCCGUCUAAAGCCCCGACAGCCUAUGAUGAGGAAGUGGGGCCUGGGGUUGCAGCCGAAACCGACUUUUCUGAAAGUACAGUUGCUGGUUCACAAGCAGCCUUCGGACAGAAGGGCGAGAAGGGCGAGCCGGCUGUGAUCGAACCUGGCAUGCUGAUUGAGGGACCACCAGGACCACCUGGCCCAUCAGGUCUUCCGGGACCAUCAGGCCUUCAGGGACCCCCGGGCCCUGCUGGAGAUCCUGGUGACAGAGGUCCUCCCGGCCGCGCCGGUCUCCCCGGCGCCGACGGCUUACCGGGACCUCCAGGUACCAUGCUGAUGCUCCCAUUUCGUUUCGGUGGGGACGGCGAGAAGGGUCCGGUGGUGUCGGCCCAAGAAGCCCAAGCACAGGCCAUCCUCUCCCAGGCCAGGCUGGCGAUGCGGGGACCUCCUGGGCCGAUGGGUUUGACUGGAAGAUCUGGACCGGUGGGUCCACCUGGCUCAGGUGGGCUGAAGGGUGAAAGCGGAGACCCCGGUCCUCAGGGCCCACGUGGCAUUCAAGGACCCCCUGGACAACCUGGCAAAGUUGGUAAAAGGGGUCGGGCUGGUGCUGACGGCGCUCGUGGAAUGCCCGGAGAGCCAGGCUCUAAGGGUGACCGAGGCUUUGAUGGACUUCCCGGGCUGCCUGGAGAAAAGGGCCACAGGGGUGAGCCGGGGCCGAUGGGACCAGCAGGAGCCCCAGGAGAGGAUGGACAGAGAGGUGAAGACGGAGAGAUUGGGCCCAGAGGGUUAGCUGGAGAGAGCGGGCCCAGAGGUCUGCUGGGACCUCGCGGUCCUCCAGGACCCCCCGGAGUGCCGGGCGUUGCUGGAGUGGACGGGCCACCGGGUCCCAAAGGCAACAUGGGACCACAAGGGGAACCGGGUCCACCGGGUCAGCAGGGAAUCCCUGGAACACAGGGUCUCCCAGGUCCUCAAGGUCCGAUCGGACCACCUGGAGAAAAAGGACCUCAGGGCAGGUCGGGACUUCCUGGAUUGCCUGGAGCUGACGGGCCUCCUGGUCAUCCUGGCAAGGAGGGUCCACCUGGGGAGAAAGGUUCUCAGGGUCCACUGGGUCCUCAGGGUCCUCUCGGUUAUCCUGGCCCCCGGGGUGUGAAGGGGGCCGACGGAGUUCGUGGGCUGAAGGGAUCAAAAGGAGAGAAGGGCGAGGACGGUUUCCCAGGUUUUAAAGGAGACAUGGGAAUCAAAGGUGACCGGGGUGAAAUUGGCAUGCCUGGGUCCCGUGGAGAGGACGGUCCUGAGGGACCUAAAGGCAGAGCUGGCCCCAACGGAGAGUCGGGGCCUCUCGGUCCAGCAGGAGAGAAAGGUAAACUUGGUGUCCCAGGAUUGCCAGGUUAUCCCGGACGACAGGGACCAAAGGGCUCGAGUGGAUUCCCUGGCUUCCCUGGAGCCAACGGCGAGAAAGGAGCACGGGGCAUUGCUGGGAAACCUGGUCCCAGAGGACAAAGAGGUCCAACGGGGCCUCGUGGUGCUCGAGGAGCCAGAGGUCUAACGGGCAAACCCGGUCCCAAGGGAACAGCAGGAAACGACGGCCCCCCUGGCCCGCCUGGCGAGAGAGGACCUCAAGGACCUCAGGGGCCAGUGGGCUUCCCUGGACCAAAGGGCCCCCCUGGACCACCUGGAAAGGACGGGCUUCCCGGACACCCUGGACAGCGUGGAGAGACGGGUUUCCAAGGAAAAACUGGCCCACCAGGACCAGGAGGUGUUGUCGGGCCUCAGGGACCCACUGGAGAGACCGGUCCUGUUGGUGAGCGAGGCCAUCCUGGACCCCCAGGCCCACCUGGAGAGCAGGGUCUUCCUGGUGCUGCUGGCAAGGAGGGAGCCAAGGGUGAUCCUGGACCACAAGGCUCCCCUGGUAAAGACGGUCCGCCGGGCCUUCGUGGCUUCCCCGGAGAGAGAGGUCUACCCGGUGCCACGGGCCCAGCUGGUCUGAAGGGCGGAGAGGGACCCCAAGGUCCACCCGGUCCUGUUGGUUCUCCUGGUGAGAGAGGUAAUGCUGGUCCAGCCGGCCCAAUUGGUUUAUCUGGUAGACCUGGUCCUCAGGGUCCUCCAGGUCCUGCUGGAGAGAAAGGUGCUCCUGGGGAGAAAGGGCCGCAGGGCCCGGCCGGCCGUGACGGUGUCCAGGGUCCUGUCGGUCUUCCUGGCCCUGCUGGACCUCAAGGCCCACCUGGAGAGGACGGAGACAAGGGAGAGGGUGGGGAGCCGGGCCAGAAAGGAAGCAAAGGAGACAAGGGAGAGCAGGGCCCCCCGGGACCGGCUGGCGUUCAAGGUCCCGUUGGAGCCCCAGGUCCUGCUGGAGCUGAUGGAGAGCCAGGUCCCAGAGGUCAGCAGGGCAUGUUCGGGCAGAAGGGAGACGAGGGUCCGAGAGGCUUCCCUGGACCCCCGGGUCCCAUCGGUCUACAGGGGCUUCCCGGACCUCCAGGUGAAAAAGGAGAAAACGGUGACGUUGGGCCCAUGGGUCCUCCUGGUCCCCCUGGUCCCAGAGGCCCUCAGGGUCCCAGUGGAGCCGAUGGUCCUCAAGGUCCUCCAGGAGGUGUGGGCCCCAUGGGAUCUGUGGGUGAGAAGGGCGAACAAGGGGAGGCUGGAAACCCGGGACCACCUGGAGAGCCUGGAACUGGGGGACCCAAAGGUGAGAGAGGAGAGAAAGGAGAGGCCGGACCCCCCGGAGCUGCUGGACCCGCCGGUGCCAAAGGACCCCCUGGAGACGAUGGUCCAAAGGGCAACCCUGGACCUGUUGGGUUCCCUGGAGACCCAGGACCCCCCGGAGAGCCAGGUGUCGCUGGUAUUGAUGGAGAAGCAGGAGAGAAAGGAGAGGAUGGUGAGCCCGGUCAACCUGGACCCCCGGGUCCUUCUGGAGAGGCCGGUCCACCUGGCCCACCUGGCAAGAGAGGACCUCCUGGAGCUUUAGGAGCCGAGGGCCGGCAAGGAGAGAAGGGCGCCAAGGGUGAAGCGGGCGCUGAGGGCCCAGCUGGUAAAACAGGACCCGUUGGACCCCAAGGACCUCCUGGAAAGCCCGGUCCAGAGGGUCUGCGUGGAAUCCCUGGCCCUGUGGGUGAACAAGGGCUGCCCGGUGCUUCAGGACAGGACGGUCCACCAGGUCCGAUGGGUCCACCAGGUCUGCCAGGCUUGAAAGGCGACCCCGGCUCCAAAGGUGAAAAGGGUCACCCAGGUUUGAUCGGCUUGAUUGGACCCCCUGGAGAGCAAGGAGAGAAGGGAGAUCGAGGUCUUCCCGGACCCCAGGGCACUCCCGGUGGCAAAGGUGACUCUGGUAUCAGUGGAGCUGCUGGUCCCCUUGGUCCCCCUGGGCCCCCUGGUCUACCUGGCCCUCAAGGUCCGAAAGGAGCCAAGGGUUCAAGUGGUCCCGCUGGUCCAAAAGGAGACACUGGUUCAAUAGGUCCUCCAGGUCCUCCUGGCCCACCGGGUGAGGUCAUCCAGCCCCUUCCCAUUCAGUCGCCCAAGAAGACCAAGCGCUCCAGUGACAUGCAGUCGGACGCCGCCGGCACCUUUUCGGAUUACGGCGAAGGCAUGGAGGACAUCUUUGGCUCUCUCAACAACCUCAAACAGGACAUAGAACGGAUGAAAUACCCCAUGGGCACGCAAAACAACCCGGCCAGAACAUGCAAAGACCUCCAGCUGUGCCACCCCGAGUUCCCCGACGGUGAGUAAUCCAC